CUCUCUGCAGGCACACUCACUCUCUUUGGACUUGAGCCUGUGCAGCGACGCAACAUGAUAACGAUGAAAAACAUUGGUGUUUUAAUUUGCACCCUGGCAGCUCUGUCAACAACCGAAGCAGGUUUAUUGAGAGAGAAAAAAAGGCAGAGAUUCUCCACUCGGUCUUUCUCCCACACCUCUUCGUCCUCUUCGUCUUCGUACUCCUCCUCCUUUGAAAGUUCAGGAUCUCACUGCUACAAGGGCGUAGGACUGUACUACAGAGGUACAGAGUCAAAGUCAGAGAGUGGACGAACAUGUAAGGAGUGGGAUUUACACACCAGGAAGCAGUUCAUGUCUUCUGAUGUCCUUUCAGGGAGACACAACUACUGCAGAAAUCCUAACUACAAACGGCGUCCGUGGUGUUAUGUGUGGAAGAACCAGCAGCUGGUGUGGGAGUAUUGUGCUAUUCCCCAUUGUGGCUUGGAGUCGUCGCUGCCCUCUCCCUCGCCCUCGCCCUCACCCUCACCCUCGCCCUCACCUGCACCCACUGAGCCACAGCCAGCCGCCCCGGCUGCAGAGUCGACAUGUGGCAUGAGAAAGCAGAUGAAGAUCGUGCGUGGAACAGUUGCCACUGUGGAAUCCCACCCGUGGGUUGCUGCCAUAUUUUGGCACGACAAAUCCAAGAGGGAGGUUUUCCGCUGCGGAGGAAGUCUGAUCUCAGCCUGCUGGGUCCUCAGCGCUGCCCACUGCUUCCCCGACGGCUCUCACGCCAAACACGAUAACUUCUUCGUCACCCUGGGGAAAAAUGUGAGGAACAAGACCGACCCCGCUGUGGAGCAAACCUUCACGGUGGAGGAAAUCAUCCUCCAUGACGGCUUCGACAACAUUGACGGGGACUUCAACAACGACAUCGCUCUGCUGAAGCUGAAGGCACAAAAUGGGAAGUGUGCAAAGGAGAGCGACUCGGUGAGGAGCGUCUGUCUGCCGCCGCCUCAGCAGAACCUCCAGCCUGGAGUCAGCUGUGAGAUCGCCGGCUACGGGAAAGAGCAACAGGGUUUGUGGUACAAUUCUCAGUUCCUCCGAGAGGCUCAGGUGAACCUGCUCGCUGACAGCGUGUGUCGACGCAAGGACUAUUACGGGAGCAUGAUCAGCGAUAACAUGUUUUGUGCCGGUCGUCCCGACUGGAGCCAGGAUGCCUGCGAGGGAGACUCCGGAGGGCCUCUGGUGUGCCAGGUCGGCAUCAGGCUCUUCCUGUUUGGAGUCAUCAGCUGGGGCGACGGCUGCGCAAAGGAGAACAAACCGGGCGUUUACACCAAAGUGACCAAUUAUAACCGAUGGAUAGAAGAGAAGACGGGGCUGCCGUCCAUCACCGCCGGCUCCAUGUUUCCUCAGAAGUGAUGCGGAGGACGUGACCCUAACUGCAGCUGUUUUCCUAAAGGAUAAAGCUGCAAUAUUUUAUAUUUCUCUUGAGAAAUCCCAUGAAAAGAUCAAAACCAAAAAUGAAUCCUACUAACAAGCAUUAUCUGUGUACCUAAAGCUUGAGAUAUAUAUAUAUAUAG